AUGUCGUCGGAACUCUGCUCUUUCCUUUUGCCGCUAUCUGCGUGCUCAACCAUACUCACUUCCGAUGUCUUGUUCGGUGUUAUGUUCUUUGUCGCCGUUUUUGGCUACUGGUUGGUUCCCGGUGGUCUUGCUUGGGCUCUGUCCAAGUUUAGACUGGGAAAACCUCUCAUCAACAAACCUGCCAUUCCCGGACCUUCCGGUUUUCCUGUGGUGGGUCUGCUUCCUGCUUUCACAGGGUCUCUGACUCACAGGGUCCUUGCUAAGCUUGCUCACACCUUUGAUGCCAAGCCUUUGAUGGCAUUCUCCGUGGGGUUUACUCGUUUCAUCAUCUCUUCUCACCCUGACACUGCCAAAGAGAUCUUGAGCAGUUCAGCUUUCGCGGAUCGUCCUAUUAAGGAAUCUGCUUAUGAGCUCCUCUUCCACCGUGCAAUGGGGUUUGCCCCGUACGGUGAGUACUGGAGGAACCUGAGGAGGAUUUCCGCCACUCACAUGUUCUCUCCAAAGAGAAUUGCCGCCUCCGGCCAGUUCCGGGCACAAGUUGGGGCCCAGAUGGUGAAAGACAUCAUGGGCCUGAUGUGGAGAGAUGAUGAGGUGGAGGUGAGGAAGGUGUUGCAUUUUGGGUCCUUGAAUAACGUGAUGAUGAGCGUGUUUGGGAAGAGUUAUGUGUUUGGUGAGGGUGGCGAUGGGUGUGAACUUGAGGAGUUGGUGAGUGAGGGGUACGAACUGCUUGGGGUGUUUAACUGGAGUGACCACUUUCCACUUUUGGGUAGGUUGGAUUUACAAGGUGUAAGGAAGAGGUGUAGGAGUUUGGUGGAUAGGGUGAAUGUUUUUGUGGGGAAAAUCAUAUUGGAGCACAGAGAGAAGAGGGCUGCUGAAGAUCAGGAUAAGGCCAGGGAUAUUGACAGCUCUGGUGACUUUGUUGAGGUGCUUUUGGAUUUGGAGAAAGAGAACAGGCUUCAACACUCUGAUAUGGUUGCUGUUUUGUGGGAAAUGAUCUUUAGGGGAACUGAUACAGUGGCAAUCCUCCUGGAAUGGAUUCUUGCUAGGAUGGUUUUACACCCUGAAAUCCAAGGCAAGGCUCAGUCUGAAAUAGAGUCUGUUGUUGGGUCUGGGCGCAGUGUGAGUGAUGAAGACCUUCCCAACCUUCCUUACGUGCGUGGCAUAGUGAAGGAAACCUUGAGGAUGCACCCACCGGGUCCCCUUCUUUCAUGGGCCAGGCUUUCCAUCCAUGACACACAAAUUGGCAACCACUUUGUUCCAGCUGGCACUACUGCUAUGGUUAACAUGUGGGGCAUCACUCAUGACAAACAAGUGUGGUCUGAUCCAGAAGACUUCAAACCGGAGCGUUUUGUGAAGGAGGAGGUGCAAAUUAUGGGGUCUGAUCUGAGGUUGGCACCUUUCGGCGCUGGGAGAAGAGUGUGCCCUGGGAAAGCCUUGGGCCUGGCCACCGUUGAGCUUUGGCUCGCUAUCUUCUUACAGAACUUGAAAUGGAUGCCCUGUGAUUCUGGUGUGGACCUUUCUGAAUGCUUGAAACUCUCCAUGAAAAUGAAACACUCUCUUGUCACCAAAGUUCUUACAAGGCCUGCUUCCUCUCAUGUCUUCUGA